CGUUUUUUGUUUGUUUGUUUUUACAUUUUUAAAGACUAAAGGCUAGUUCAAUUAAUCAUUAAACAAUACAAAAAAUUAAUCGUCUUCGGUGCUGUUUUUAUUUUGAAGGGUAUCAGCGGUGUGUUGAGUAUAUGUUGCGUGUAGCUUGCUGUGCUGUUAGUCGUGUGCCUGUAUGUUGCAGAAACACAGACAGAAUCAUGUCUUAUAGUGUGAAAAUCGGCCCGUCCAUUCUCAGCAGCGACCUGUCCUGUCUGGGCAGUGAGUGUAAGCGGAUGAUGGAGUGUGGAGCAGAUUAUCUACACCUGGACGUCAUGGACGGACAUUUUGUCCCAAACAUCACAUUUGGCCACCCGAUGGUAGAGUGCCUGAGGAAAUCAGUAGGACAGGACCCGUUCUUUGACAUGCACAUGAUGGUGUCUCGGCCGGAGCAGUGGGUAAAGCCCAUGGCAGCAGCAGGAGCCAAUCAGUACACUUUCCACAUAGAGGCGAGCACCAACCCUGGAAACCUGAUCAAAUUGAUUAAGGAGAACGGCAUGAAGGUGGGUUUGGCCAUAAAACCCGGUACUACAGUUGAAGAUCUGGCACCGUGGGCCAAUCAGAUUGACAUGGCUCUGGUCAUGACCGUUGAACCUGGCUUUGGAGGACAAAAGUUUAUGGAUGACAUGAUUCCAAAGGUGAGCUGGCUGAGGAGCCAGUUUCCUUCGCUGGACAUUGAAGUUGAUGGAGGGGUGGGACCUGACACCAUUCACAAGUGCGCAGAGGCAGGAGCCAACAUGAUUGUGUCAGGCAGCGCCGUGCUAGGCAGUGACGAUCCUCGUUCAGUCAUCGCUCUCCUGCGCACCGUGGUGGCUGAGGCAAUCCAGAAACGCUCGCUGGACCGAUGAGGGGCCUCUGUGGUUUCCAUAACGACACCUGCCCCUCCCAAAAAUACACGAUUUCCAAAA